AUGUCAGUUAAAAAUGACAUAGGAGAAGAUAUUAAAUAAAAAGCACUUAAUUAACGUAAUAAAGUUAUUCACGAUAAUGAUUAUUUAAUGGGUGUUACCUCUAAAAUUGGAGGCACUUAUGGAAUUGUCUCUUAAGCUAAUCAUACUGAUAAAUCAAAAGUAGCUAAUAUUAAAUAAGGAUUUGGAACUAUUAAAAUGUGA